CAACGAUUGAUCUUCAAAAGAAGCAUAACGAGGAGAAAUCUUAUAUUUCACGUCAGUUUAUCUUCAUUUCUCAGAGAGUUGAAAACGUGACUUAUUAAUAGAGAAUAUUUCGCAUUACAUAAAUCGGUGCAUGAAUUAUGAAGUCGAAUAAAAUUGCUGAAAUAUUAAGGAACGAAGGAAAUUCAUCCUACAAAGAAAGGAGCUUCAAUGAUGCCUUAAUUAAGUACAAUGAAAGUUUGUGCUUUAGUGAGGUCGAUAGUGAGCAUUUAGGUCUAGCUUAUGCUAAUCGAUCAGCAAUUUGUCUAGAAUUAAAGAAGUUUGAAAAGUGCUUGAAAAAUAUAAAAUUAGCUAGGCUGAACAACUACCCAAAAUCUAGUCAGGAAGUGCUAGAUACUCGUGAGAAAAAAUGCUUGGAACUAGCCAAGAAAAGCAAAGGAAAUGAAGGAAAGAAAUUCUUCAGACUCUCCUAUAAACCCAACAAGGCAAUCCCAUACAUUAUUGAUGGAUUAGAAAUGAGAACUAAUGACAAAUAUGGCAGGCAUGUAAUCACAAACAAGGAUCUUCAUGUUGGAGAUAUUGUGGCUAUUGAAAAGCCUUUUUGCAGUAUUUUACUGACUCACUCGAACUUUGUGGAUGUUGAUAAGAACAAUAAAUUCUUGAGGUGUGCUUACUGCUUGAAAAGUAAUAGAUUUGAGCUUGUGCCAUGUCAAGGAUGUUGUAGCGCAAUGUUCUGUCCAUCAUGUCAGCAAGAAGCUUUUGAGAGCUUUCACAAGUAUGAAUGUCCAGUCAUGGAUAAGCUUUUAACUUCUGGAAGUGUUCAUAUUGCACUCAAAAUAUUCUUCAUAGCACUUUCAGCAUUUAAAGGCUCAAUUAAGGAGCUUCAAACUUUUAUGAACGGAAUUGACAAAAUGGAUAAAAAUUUCUCAAUCUUUGACUUCAACAUUAGUCAGCCUGACAAUGUUAAAAGCUAUUUAAGAUACAUGAAUACACUUACAAGAAGUGAUGGUAAAUUUUCAAUAGCUCAGCAUGAAGAAAUACUGGAGAAUCAUCCAGAAUUAAAGGAAAUUUAUGAAUCCAAUAAAGAUUUUAUAAAAGAAUUUUUACAUCGGCAAUGCCAAACCAAUGAUCACUAUUUCCAUGGAAUAUUCGGUCAAAAAAUCAGUUCCAAUGAUUCUCGUGCAUAUCAAGAUUUGCAGCAAUCGAUUGGAUCUGGAUGGUAUCCAUUUUGUAGCUUAUUUAACCACUCAUGUGCUAGCAAUAUUUUGAGGAUUUAUAUUGAUGGAAAAAUUGCAUUAAUUGUCACUCGAUUCAUCCCAAGCGGAUCUCAAUUAUUCGAUUGCUACAAAGUAAGUUUCGCGAAGCAUUCAAAAGACGAAAGACAGGCAAAACUACUCAAACAAUUUAAUUUCAAAUGCGAUUGUGAAGCAUGUGAAUUUAACUAUCCAAUGCCACCGCACAUACCUAUUAAAAAUGCCAAACUCAUAAAAUUAGCCAAGAAAAUUGAAGAUGAAUGUGCUCAGCAGCAAAACAUUAAUGGUAAGAGCUUUCACGAAUGCUGCAAGCAAAUGGAUGCUAACUACAAAGACUUUCCAUCUUUGGAACUUGUUUGGCUACAGAAAUCAUUUGCAUACUUGCUGCUGUUGCAGGCACGACAUGAAAGUGAAAAUAAUUGAAAAUUCAAUUCGUAUAAAGUGUAACGGUUAAAAAAUAUUUGAAUUUUUUAUAAAUAUCCCGCGACUUUAUGUAUAUAAAAACUGAGUCUGUUCUGUUCUUAAUUCUGUUAAUAAUAUUAAUUUGUACAAAGCUGAUUGCUCUAAAUAGCUUUUAAUUAGCACAAUAAUAUAAUAAUUGUGCAUUUAAAUAUUUAAAUGAGAAUAAAUUGCAUGUGCCAUGAAAAAAAACGGGUACUUAAACUAGUA